AUGUGCCUCUCACAUGAAUUGGACGAGACAGAUUGUUCGGAGAGCAAUGAAGGCCAGGAGAUAUCACACAAAAAAAAAUUGAAAAAAGGAAAACAUCCCAAGCAGACAAAACAAUACCUGAGAAAAUACAAGCAAGGUUGGGAAAAAGACGAACGAUACAAAGCAUGGCUUUCAUCGAGUACUCAAGGUCCAGAAUUGUUCUUCUGUAGAUUUUGUUCAAAUCACUACAAAUGUAGUAAGACUGCUAUUGAAAGGCAUAUGAAGUCCAAGACCCACGAGAAAGCAGCUAACGAAUUCGUAAACCAACAAACUCUGUCUAGUAUGAAGUCGAUUGAAGAAUCGCGGAAUUUUGAAAUGAUGACGAAAGAGAAUGAAAUUCGGAUUGCCAGUUUCAUUGCUAAGCAUGAUUUGUCUUUCAAUUUAUCUCCGCACUUGGUCAAAAUGAUCCAGAGUUUGAAUUUAGAUCAAAAAGUUCUGAAGAAUUUGUCUUGUGCAAAAACCAAAUGUCAGGCGAUCAUCUGCAAUGUCACGGGUGCAAAAGGUAAAGAAAAAGUUAUCCAGUUAAUGAGAAGCGAAAAGUUUUCUCUGCUCAUUGAUGAAUCAACGGACAUAAGCUCAACGAAAAAUCUAGCUGUCGUCACCAGAAUUCUCGUUGAUGGAGUAAUCCGGGAUCUAUUUGUCGGGCUAUUCGAGAUUGCUGAGGCAAAUACUAAUAACAUCUACAGUAUUCUAGUUGGAUUUUUCGAUGAAAAUGCAAUUCCCUACAAACAAAACAUGGUUGGGUUUGCUGCUGAUGGAGCUUCCGUGAUGAUGGGACGUAAUCAUUCGGUUUCAGUGCUUUUAAAAAAAGAUAUUCCAUCUCUCUUCGUCAUGAGAUGUACAUGCCAUUCUCUGGCCCUUUGUGCAUGUGCUGCCUGUGGCAAGUUGCCUGAGCAGGUGGAUUCGACGAUGAAAUAA